AUGCCAUCGCUACCUGAACUAACGAAGGGACUAAAGUCUGCAUUUGAAAGUAAACAGUAUGAUAUCUGCUUGAAGUUGCUGGUCCCUAUUAAACUAGAAUUGAUUAAAGCAAAUCUUUUGAUACCUGAUAUUAAGAAAAGCCAGGAGAAUACAGACUACUUACAAGAUUUGAACAUAGCUAAGAAGAUACUGGAGAUUGGGGCUCUCUCGAGUGUAUACUGUGAAGAUUUUGAUGCUUUUAUGAGCUAUUACUCCCAAUUAAGUUCUUUCUUCUUCUCGGAUGUGAAAGAGUUGAGUGAAUCUGACAGCAAGUACAAGUUGAUAAGUUUAUACUUGCUAAUUCUUUUAGCCCAAAACGAUUAUACAAAACUACAUUCUGAAUUUGAGUUCUUAAGCAGAUACGUUACAAAUUUGGAAGAGAGCCAGUACUUAUCCUAUCCUGUAAAGUUAGAGAGAUUGUUGAUGGAGGGUUCUUACCAAAAAGCAUGGGAUUUGUUGCAAAGUGGGACUAAGGUUGAAGAAUUCAAUGUGUUUACCAAAACGUUAAAGGAUGCUAUUAGGGAGGAGAUCGCCUUGAACUCAGAACAAGCGUACAAGUCUUUACCUUUGUUCAAUGCCAAAACAUUACUUUUCUUUGAAAACGAGAAGGAGAUGGAAGCAUUCGCCAAAGAGCGUGGCUGGAACGUUAAUCAUGGUGUUAUAACAUUUGGAACAGAUGCUGGUCCAGAAAAAGUGGAAACAGGGAACAUCGUGGACAUGGCCGUUGACUACGCUGUUCAUUUGGAGAGUAUUGUAUAA